CCGGGAGGGCAUCCUCCGGAAGCCCUCGCCCUCCCACACUCCCGCACCCCCACGAAUGGCCGCCGCCGCCGCCGCCGCCACCGCGGCCCCGACCACCACAGCAUCCUCCCGCCUCCUCCUCCCCCGCACCGCCCCCGUUCCAUCCCCCAUCCACUACCAGCUCAGGUGCUCCGCCGGCCCCUCGCUCCUCGCGCGGCGCCACCGCGCGCCUGCGCCGGCGCGGGCCUCGCCCGACCGCCUCACGCCCUUCAAUUACGACGACGACAGCGACGACCACCCCCGCGAGGAGUGCGGCGUGUUCGGCGUCGUCGGCGACCCGGACGCCUCGUCGCUCUGCUACCUCGGCCUGCAGAAGCUGCAGCACCGCGGGGAGGAGGGCGCCGGCAUCUCCGCCUCUGGGGACGAUGGCGAUAUCAAGACGGUGACGGGGCUGGGGCUCGUGGGCGACGUGUUCGGGGACCCGGCCCGCCUCGCCGGCCUCCCCGGCCGGUCCGCCAUCGGCCACGUGCGCUACUCCACCUCCGGCGCCGCCGCCUCGCUGCGCAACGUGCAGCCCUUCCAUGCCGGGUACCGGUUCGGUCAGCUCGCCGUGGCGCACAACGGGAACCUCGUCAACUACCAGUCGCUGCGCAACAAGCUGGAGGCGCAGGGCUCCAUCUUCAACACUUCCUCCGACACGGAGGUCAUCCUGCACCUCAUCGCCACGUCGCUCUCGCGCCCGCUGCUUGCCCGAAUCUGCGACGCCUGCGAGCGCCUCGCCGGCGCCUACUCCCUGUUGUUCCUGACUGCGGACAAGCUCUUCGCCGUGCGCGACCCGUUCGGCUUCCGGCCGCUGGUCAUGGGCCGCCGUCCAAACGGCGCCGUCGUGUUCGCGUCAGAGACCUGCGCGCUCGACCUCAUCGACGCCGUGUACGAGCGAGAGGUGGAGCCAGGGGAGGUCGUCGUCGUCGACCGCCGCGACAUGUCGAUGUCCUCGGCCUGCCUCGUCCCGCACCGCCCACGCAAGUCCUGCGUCUUCGAGCACAUCUACUUCGCCUUGCCCAACUCUAUCGUCUUCGGCCACGCUGUCCACGAGCGACGCACCGCCUACGGCCGCGCUCUCGCCGAGGAGUCCCCUGCCCCCACUGCGGACGUCGUCAUCCCAGUGCCAGAUUCGGGGUUCUACGCGGCGCUCGGCUUCGCACAGGCUUCGGGGCUCGAGUUCCAGCAGGGCCUCAUCCGGUGGCACUACAGCGGCCGCAGCUUCAUCCAGCCGACGCAGGCGAUCCGCGACCUCGCCGUCAAGCUUAAGCUCGCGCCAGUGCGUGGCGUCAUCGCGGGCAAGAGCGUGGUCGUCGUCGACGACUCGAUUGUGCGUGGCACCACCUCGAGCAAGAUUGUCCGCCUGCUCCGGGACGCCGGAGCACGCGAGGUGCACAUGCGCAUCUCUAGUCCCCCGGUCAUCGGCUCAUGCCUUUAUGGCAUCGACACGCCAAGCGAGGGCGAGCUGAUAUCGAACAGGAUGGACAUUGAGGGCGUGCGCAGGGCGAUCGGUUGCGACUCACUCGGCUUCCUCUCGCUUGACAAGCUCCACAGCAUCUACGGAGAUGAGGCGGGUGAGCUCUGCGACGCCUGCUUCUCACGGAACUACCCGGUGCUUCCCACAGUGCCUGAGCCGGUGCCGGAACUGGUGUCGGCCUUUGAUGAUUAACCAGAAUGUGCAACUAGGGAAGUGGCUAUAUACCACUCUGCAUGCUUACUACAGGAUUUUUUGGUCAAUUUUGGGCAUGACGAAUUUUGUCAUUGCAAUUGCAUUCAUCAUCUGAAUUUUUGCAGGUCUUAAGUUUGUAUCAGUGAGCCGUUAGCCUUCCAUGUCUCUAGGCUCAAGUUUUCCAAACCCUUUUCAUGAGUUAAUCAAUUUAUAAAGAAAGGUUGACGACUCAGGACUUCCUAUCUUCAAUGUAAAGAGUUGUAGACCUGAAUUGCUUAAUCGAGUGCAUUUGUUCAAGCUCCCAUUGAUUGGUGAAGCAUGUCAUUUGUAAAUAUAUUUUCUUAGUAUUUACAGCUGCGAAAGCAAGCAAGAAAUGUCAUGUACUUGUUCGCAAAAAAGAAAAAGAAAAGUCAUGUACUAGAGUCAUGUCAGUAUACUGAUGACAUGGACUUGCACACUUCAGUCAGACCAUGUAUACUUCAUGUAAGUUGUCAUCAGAUAACAAUUCUUGCUUUGAUAUU